CAACAACAACAACAACCCUCUUCAAUCUCAACAACAACCACCACCACGCACACGCAACCAUCCCCGCGGGUUCGUGCCCUUUCACCAGCCAUGGUGGAAUUCCUCCACAGUCUGUGGCACGCUCUGCCCUACCACACGAGGCACGCAUGGCUCGGCUCUGCCGCGGGCGGCGAUGGGAACGCGUCUCUCGUCGCCAAGUUCUCCGUCGGCGGCGUCGGCCCCGUGCCCCCCCACGCCGCCCUGACCACGGGCGCCAACUUCGGCCCGUCCGACCCUUCGGCCUCCGCCGACAGCAACAACGGCACAGGCGAAAUCGCAGUGGCCGCAGCAGCAGCGGCAGCGGACUUCUCGAUCGAGAAACUCAAGGGUCUGGCCGCGAGCUCCGUGCGACAGGACGGCACCGUCAAGGCGCUGCUCAUCGUCGCCUACUCGGUGAUCAUCGUCAUCUCGCUGUUCGGCAACGCGCUCGUGUGCCACGUGGUGAUCAAGAACAAGCGGAUGCAGUCGGCGACCAGCAUGUUCAUCGUGAACCUCGCAAUCGCCGACAUCAUGAUCACCACCCUCAACACGCCCUUCACGCUGGUGCGAUUCGUCAACAGCAACUGGGUGUUCGGCAAGACCAUGUGUCACGUGAGCCGCUUCGCGCAGUACUGCUCGCUCCACGUGUCCACACUCACCCUCACGGCCAUCGCGCUCGAUCGAUACCAGGUCAUAAUGCACCCGCUCAAACCUCGCAUGUCCAUGCUCAAGGGGGGACUCUGCGUCUCCGUCAUCUGGGUACUGGCCACCGCCUUCUCCCUGCCCCACGCCGUCUUUCAGAAGCUAUUCAGCUUCGAGUACAGCAAAGAGCACUACCGGAGCAUGUGCAUGCCGGACUUCCCGGAGCCGGCCGACGUGGUGUGGAAGGCCCUGGACCAGGCGACCUUCGUGCUGCUCUACGUGCUGCCGCUGCUCAUCGUCUCCGUGGCCUACGUGACCGUCGCCAAGAAGCUGUGGCUGCGCAACGCCAUCGGCGACGUCACCACGGAGCAGUACGUGGCCCACCGGCGCAAGAAGAAGAAGACCAUCAAGAUGCUCAUGCUCGUGGUGGUGGUCUUCGCCGUCUGCUGGUUCCCGCUCAACUGCUACGUGGUGCUGCUCUCCAGCCAGGCCAUCCAGACCAACAACGGCAUCUACUUCGCCUUCCACUGGCUGGCCAUGAGCAGCACCUGCUACAACCCCUUCAUCUACUGCUGGCUCAACGAGAGCUUCCGCUCCGAGCUCAAGGCCCUCGUGGCCAUCUGCAGGCCGCGGGGGGGGGCGGCUCCGGCGGCGGCGGCGGCGGCGGGGGGGGAUGCCGGCGGCAACCCUCUGGACGUGAUCCCCCGCGCGUCGCGCCAAGGCGUGGGCCGAGCAGAGGCCCUUCAACGGGCCGUCGACGAGCAGCGCCCGGUCCACAGGCAACCUCGUGACGGUCAAGACCGACCUGUCGUCGGUGGAGCCCACGAUCGCUGUGAGUGGCAGCAGCGGUGGUAGCGGUGGUGCCGCGAGGCAGUGAGGGCCCCCCCCCCCACCUCCCGGUUAAUGCCGCGGUCUGCGCUGUCACGCGGACAGCACCCGCGCCGUUGCCGGUUCGCAGCGGACGUUUCAACGUCCUGCGACGUUACGUUGUUCAUGUCGCGUGUUGUUAUUCUACUUGCUUCGCCGAGGAAAGAUUGACCGUGCCUCGUGACUUUUUUUCACGAAGGUCCUGGCCAGGUUUUUUCGCAUUACGGGGUGGGGUCGGGGGGUAGAUGAUUGGUAUGUGAUAGAUUUCCAAUUGAGUAAAAGAGAGCAAGCCAUGAGUCCUUGCCACUCAGUUGGAAUUUUCCAAAUUUGCCUGCAAACUACUCAAAUGGGGGGAAAAAGACAUCGCAAUCAUCAAAACUAGCGGACGAAGUGGUUUUUCGCGCGGACAUUUUACAGCAGCUGAAUCUAAAUGUGGAGGGAAAAACCCGGAGGACUGAGAGACAGAACACGCAGACUUCAAAUAUACAGCAGCAGGCGUCGUCAGGGUCGGGAUCGAACCCACGACCUCCUGUUUACCAGGCGAGGUAGUUAACAUCUCCUAGCCACCGUGGUGGCCAAAAUUGGAGCUCACGGUUGUAUUUUUUACAAAUAUUUAUUUUUUAUUUGUGCAGGCCCGAUACAUCUCGUCGUGACGCAUGCACACACACGCACACAACACACACCGUCAACAUGAAUCCAACCCCGUUAUGAAAAGCAGGGGGCUGUAGAAAGAUGAAGGAAGCAAUCUCGUUGCCCCAAACCAUCCAAGGUGAGUCCCACCAAGGACAAUUUUGUGUUGUUGUUAUAAUAAUAGUAAUGGGGAAGGGAUGACAAGAGGAGAGUGGGAUAUAACCAAAGCACGCCUGACAUUGAGAAUCAAAUAAAAACGCAAGAGGCGACCUC